UGCACACUGGAGACUGACGAAGACCUGCUCAUUGGUUUCGGACAGCUAUCACGCAGUGCACACGUCCGUUUUCCCUCCAGCUGACUGUGUGCUGAGCAGAUGAAACCUCCGCUCUGUGAACCACCAGUCAGCUAAUCAGACGUCCAAACAGUUGUUCAGACUUGGAUUUUUUUUUUCCCUCUUCUCCCAUGGAAUCCACCUACUUGACGUGCCUUGUUGUGUAUACAUUGAGGAAUGUAUGUAAACAGCUGGACACGUUCAUCCUGCAGAAAGAAAUGAGGAGGAGUAAAAAGAAUGAAGAAAGAGCACGUCGAGCUGGAUAAAGUUCUGUUGGAGCGCUGAGAAGUGGCGUCAUUUUUGGCGCCUGUUGUCCACACAAUAAAGAAUCUCUGGAGUUUGCAGCAGCAGGAUUUCCCCAAUGUGUCUGUUUCAGCGUGUGAGUGUGCAUGGAACUUCAUCAAGCUGGGAAUAGAUGAAGAGACGCGCAGUCCCCUGGUACGGCUCUGCACUGGCAGCAUAGGUCAGCUGGUGUGUGCAAACACAUCGAGAUAACAACACAAAGCUACAAACAACCACCGAGCAGCUGUGAUUGAAAAGCAACUUCAUGGGAUGAGGAAGCCGCUCUCCACCCAGUAAUAAAUCCCAAGGACUUUAGAUGUAUAAUUUUUUCCAGAUUUUUGGAUUGCCUAAUUGCCACUUUGGAAUUCGUAAUUAUUUCCAAACUCUUAACAGAAGUGUGGAAGUUAGAUGAUUUAGUCGAGUUCUCGCUUGUGGCAGAGGGGUGACAUGAAGGAGAGAGAGGCUGGAAGUUGAGGCAUUAUGUUGAAUUGUGCAACCAAAGACCUGGGCUAUGGCUGAAUGUCUCCUGGUCUUAACUGGAUGCUCAAGAUGGACUCAAAAUAGUUUGGAAGGAAAGGAUUUCCAAGGUCACGCAGCUCCGGAUUUGUUUUCCUGGGAUAAAGAACAGUUUGACAUUCCAUCUUCCCUCUUUGGAGUUGCUUUCUUGGCAUAAGGAUGAGAGGGGAGAGGAAGUCUGUCUCGUUUUGUAAGGAGAAACCCGCAGGACUGUCCAGGGCUCUCAGAUGGUUCAGCGUCUCCAACCUGUCUCAGCAGAGCAGGCGCAUCUUCCACAGCCAAAACGAGCUCCACACGUCCCACAGCCGACAAACGUACUUGCACACUCGCCUUCAAGUUGCCGAUGGUGAUGGGGAGGAGGAUGACGAUGACUGGGUGUACAAGCCUCAGCACAACAUAGCGGUUUCUAACCUGGAUGAAGAGAGCAAGUGGACAGUUCACUACACGGCUCCGUGGCACCAGCAGGAGAACGUUUUCCUCCCUGGCAGCAGGCCACCAUGUGUAGAAGACCUCCACCGACAGGCCAAGGUCAACCUCAAGACCGCGCUACGAGAAUGUGACAAGCUGAGGAAAGAUGGCUUCCGAAGCUCCCAGUACUACUCUCAGGGUCCCACCUUCUCUGACCCGCUACGGUCCACCAGGAGCCUGCCGGAAGACGACGAUGACGACAACGAUAAAAAGUCCACAGCUUCAUCAGUCGAAGACAGCAAGUCUCAGCUAUCCAUGAGGCCCCAAACACCGCAGGAAGGGGAUGGGGAUGGGCCUGAUGGACAGGUGGUAUGUCCCAAAGCCACACCCCUCCCAACUCCAGAGGAGAAGAUGAGGCAGGUGGCCCAGGCCGUGGCCACAGAUGUAGUCGCCAUCAAUGUCACAGGGGCGGUGUUUGACCGACAGGCAAGCAUCCGGCGUUCCCUCAUUAACACUGACACCGUGUCCCGCCGGUCCAAGAAGGUCAAACGCAGAAAGACUAUAUCAGGGCUGCCUGACAACUUCAACCUGGACCUAGCAGCAAAUGGACGCGGCGGAGAACUCCGACCACAUUCCAUGUUCAUCCCGGGUCAGUACUCCACCUUGGGUAGAGCUGGGAGUGUCAACUCUACGCUUAGACGUUCUGUAACGCGAGACUCAAGUUGUCAGACGGAAGAAUUCAAGGUUGUACCUCCAUCUGUGAGAAGAAUCCGUGCACAGAAAGGACAGGGAAUUGCUGCUCAGAUGGCUGGAAUGGCUGCUUCCUCCUCAACAGGAAACAUGUCGCUCUCCACUAGUGACAGCGUGGGGGUUUUGGGGCUGUCCUGUCAGCUGAAUGGAGACGCUUCUCGUUUUCACAGUCUGCCCCGACACGGUGCCAGGGUGUCCCUCAGUUCUGAUCCCAUCUUUUACAGCACUCCCAUCAAGUCAGGAGAACAAAGUACAAACCAGAGGCAGAUUGGAAAGCUUCAAGUUGACAAUACAGUCGUCCACAUGAGAAGUGCCCCAAAAACAGGCAGCCUGCACAGGCCCAGGUCACAGGAACUGAGGGGAACACAUGCAGGCGACUGGGACGACAGUCCAGCUUGUAUGGUCUCCCCACAUGCUGCCUACUCAACUUCACUCAUCCCCAAUGCCACCCUGUCCUGCUCCUCUGAGGUCAUUGCUCUGCACACCUCCAACCAUCAGUCUCAUUCCCCAGCCCGACGACUCAGUCGAUCCAAGUCUGCCAGAACUGACCCACUGACCUCUGGCACCACCACCUGCCCGGCCUUGGACCCUUCUACGCCAACACACCCACCACAGGACUCUGGCCUGGAGUCUGUAGCAGCCACAAGUGAGCCGAGGCACUUGGACAGCAGCGUGCAAAACCACAGCACUUUGGCUGCCACCCCACCGCCGUGUCUGACAGAGGAGCAAUGGAUCUAUGACACGCCAGAAAAUGUGAUUGUACCACACCGCCUGUUGACCUCCAGCUGCUCCACGCCUAUCAACCAGGUGUAUAGUAGCCUUGAGCUUUCCUCCAGAACCACUACAGAUUCCAGCUCUCUCUAUUCACAGGAUAAUGAUGGAUACUUCACGUCUAUGCACCUGGACUCAGGACUGCGUUCACGUAGCCAUAGCAACAGCCAGGGGCAUGGUGCAGCGGGCGGACGGGCGACCAGGCACAGCAUGUAUGAAUGCCGUGAGCUCGCCAACCAGGAAGACUCUGGAAGUUUGUACAAUGACCGCUCUUUGUCCCGCAGUAUCUCCCUUCGAAAGCCCAAGAACCCUCCGAUGCCUCCAGCUCGCACGGACUCUCUUCGGCGUAAACCAGCCACAAAAAAGCCCCUUGGAGGUGUUAAUGCUAUUAGUGGAGAUAAAAAUGCUGCCUUGCUCAAUGAAACUUUGAUUGCCAGCUUGCAGCAGAGUCUUCAGAUGGGGCUGAGAGGAGGGAAAGGAAAGGGAGCCUCACCCUCGUCGACCUCCCACAGCCCCAGCAGUGACUAUGAAGACCCGUGGGUCCUACGGCCACGCAGUCAGAGCAGCAUCAGUGUGGGCAGCUCUGCAGCCUCGCUAGGUGCUAAUGCAAACUGCGUCGGCGGCUCCAACCUGUAUUCGUUAGUCCACGUGACACCGUCUCAAAGUGACACCAGCAGCUUACGUUCCGACUACGCCGAUUCUUGGGGUUACUACAUGGAGGACCCGCGUACUUAUGCAGACCACAGGCCGCUGACCCCUCCAGCUAACUCUGCAGAUAAAAUGCCAGUCGUUACUCACGCAGAAAAACUACAGAAUGGAUCAGAGAUUCAUAAUUCCAACAGCAGCCAAGCCAUUGAAGGUCCAGGCCAGGAAAGAGUUCUGGCAGUGAAGCCCAAAACGGCCACCUCAUCCCCAGACCGAGUACACAGACUGACCUCCCCAUCAAGCGGCUACUCCAGUCAGUCCAACACCCCAACAGCUGGAACCCCAGUGCCCUCAGUUAUCAGGUCCAGGUCUCCUUCAGGCAGCCGGCCCAAGCCAAAAGUGCCUGAAAGGAAGUCAUCCCUCCUCUCGUCUGUGUCCAUGUCCUCCUCUUCCACCUCCCUUUCCUCCAACACUUCUGACACACUUAAGAAUUCUGGGCCUCCUCCACCACUCCCACCACCUUUGCCUCUAUCUUCCUCAGCUCCAGCUACCCCACUCACUUCACCUCCACCUUUCCCUCCACCCCUACCUCCGAAUUCCAGAACGGACUCUCUGAGCACAGUGGUACCAACCACUCCACAGAGUUCUCCAGCGAGCCCAGCGUCCAUUUGCUCCACCUCCCCAGAAUUCCCUCCUCCACCUUCCCCUGAAAUGUUAAUGCACCCCAGCUCCUUGCUCAAUUGCAGUUUUAGUCCUCCACCUCCACCACCGUCACCUCCUCCACUGCCUCCGCCUACCCUGGCCUUCGCCAACAUGUCUGUAGUAAAGGCAGUGAAACCUGUUCCAAAACCAAAGAGCCCCAAUAUUUCCAACAGCCCUACAAAGUCGUGUAAGCCACUCAUCACCCCGGUAGAACUGCAAAGUGUGAAGCUACGCUCAAUGAGACGCCCAGAGAAGAUCCAAACGGUUGAUGUGGAACCUCAGGAGACUAAUAUAAAUUCAAUCCUAAAACCCCAGACCCUGGAAUCUGAGGCUCAACAGCAUCCUGAUACAUUGCCUCUGAUAAGCUCCUCUCCUGAAGAAGAAUCACAAAACUCCUCACCAUCGCCUGUUUCAAAGCUCUUGUUGUCAGAGGACUAUGAUAUAAUCGGCAAAACUCCAAAUAAUGCUGUCGUAAAUGGAAAAGAAAAGGAUGAAUGGAAUGUGGAAUGGCAGGAAAUACUGCCAAAUCCAUCAGACACCACCCAAAGUUCACCUGUCAAACAAAAACCUCCAGCAGUGUCCAAGAAACCCAAACUCAAUAUUGUUCCACCAUUUACCACUCAACCAGAGAAAGAGGAGGUUCCUUCUCAGCAUGAGAGUAUGGCGAGCCCGUCCCAAACAGAAGACCAGGUAGACGCCCGACAAACAGAAGAAAAGGAAGAGGAGGAAGAACAACAUCAGGAAGAAGACGAUGUGACAUCAGAAAGCUCUGACACACAACCACAAAGCAGUAAAUCAUCCAUAGAAAACCAAGAUGAGCUCUCAGCUUCACCCAGACAGGAGAUGGGACUUGACCACAAACCAUGUAUCAACGGACAAGCCCAUGAAGAAGAUGAAGAUGAUGAUGAUGAUGAUGGAACCAGCAGCACCACUGGAUCUGUCAGCUCAAAGGAGGAUGACAGUGGUGAGGUGUUUGACUUCAGUGCAGCUGACUCUUCUCCGGCAGCCAACGGAGUCCACCAGGAGAACAUGGUGACCCCCUCACCUACACAACCCCGGACUACGGAGGACUUGUUUGCCGUCAUCCACAGGUCAAAGCGGAAGGUCUUGGGCCGCAGGGAGACUGAAGAGGACAAGUCUCGGUGUGGCAGUAAUUCCCCGUCUCCAUCAUCUACCCUGCCCCAGAGCCCAGGCCUGGUGUCCUCUCUGCUGCGCCAGACGGGAUCUAUCCAGCGUAACCUCCGUAAGUCUUCCACCAGCAGUGACACCUUCAAAGCCCUCCUCCUCAAGAAAGGCAGCCGCUCCGAGACCAGCUUCAGAAUGUCUGCUGCCGAGAUGCUGCGCUCCACUGAUCCACGCUUUCAGCGGACGCGCUCCGAGUCAGCACUGGACUCCCCUCCCUCUCCGCUCAGCCCCUGCACCUCCCCCGGCCGUGGGAAGAGAACCGCUGACGAAUGGAACCGUUACGAAUCUUUGGCGCUUUCCUCACCGACUUCCUCAUCCUUUUCAAUGAGUGGGUCCAAGUACGGACGGUCGCGCACGCCGCCCUCUGCUGCCAGCAGCAAGUACAACGCACGCAGCCGACUCCUCAGCAGCCCGAUGACCGUUAUCUGUGAGCGCGAGGGUGAGCUGGCUGAGAACGGAGACGCUGCAGAGAACAUGUCUGAGCCUGUAGUCCAGACCCUCUCUGUGGACUCCAGUGGCAUUUUUUCUGAGGCUAGCAGGACUUAAGAACAUGGAGUGCCCUCUAGACACCUUCCUGAGCCCAACCUGUGAGGAAGUCCAGAUGUCAGCCUGCAAUGGACCUGGAUGAAGAGCAGGUUCUUCUGAAGCUUUUUGAAACUCAGAUUCCUACAAUUCUCAUUUGGUGAGCUUUUGUGUGACAGAAUAUCCUCUCGGCUCAGCCUGGUGCCCUGUCAUAGAUUCUUCUUCACAUCUUGCGGAUUCAGACGCAGAAACGUUUUAGCUGCGCAGAGGACAAGCAGAUGAUGCUAAUGUGAAGACGACUAGACAAAAUUUAAAGAAGUCCACUUUGUAAAUCUUCUGUCCUGGAUGUGGUACAACCUGUGACUCCAAGGUACAGCUAUGGGCAGGCUUCUUCUUCUGCUUGUAGGUUCCCUGAAGCGCAGAGAGUUCAGUGCUGCCACCUAGUGGUGAGCAGACAGACAGCGGUUGGGUGUAAAAGUUAAAACAUCUACUGGAUGAAUUUUAGUUUGUAGGUUUUUGCACUGUGCUUUUGUUUUGUCCUAACAUCCGUUUUCUAUAAUUGUUUUAAUAAAAACAAAUAUAUUGUCUGUUUGUUUGAGAAUUAAGUGUUUGUAAAAAGCUGAGAUGCUCCUUUGACGGUCCUUUUUUCUGAUCUGUGUGCUUACCAAAGAGCUCAAAGGUUAGACGCCGUGAUUUCCUACAACCUUCCUUUGUUAUAAAUGACUCCAGUUCUGUUGAUCUUUCUUGCAGUUUUAUGCAGUUUUGUAUGUAAAUAGAGAGAGAGGAAAAAAAGAUGUGUUUUACGUAAAAUACAACUUUGUACAUUUCACGGCCCUCUGUUGGCUGGACGGGAGUGGUUUCCUGUGGGGUUUUUUUGUUGUUGUUUGUUUGUUUUUUUUUGUUUUUGUUUUUUUGUAGAUUAUUUAUUUUAAAGUAGCGACGUCCUGCUCAGCAGGCGAUCAAGGCCGCACAUAGUUUUGGUUUGAUAACGCCGGUCACAUGAUCUCUCUCGCAUCCGCCAUGUUGGAGGCCGAAUGUUUCUGGUUUAGUACCUGCAGUAACUGGGACAGUUUAUUACAGUCAACCAAAGGAACGAUCAGAACAAUGGCUGAAACUUUACAAAUUUCAUAUCGCUUAGGGAAAAAUGGUGCAAAGUGUUUUGAUUUUUUCCACAUCAGAUUAUAAAACUUUUUAAAAAGUGCUGUUGCAAAGCUAAUUUUAAAGGAUCAUCCCACUAAUUUUGAUGUUUGUUUUGCUUUAAAAAACUGUUUCCAGUAACAUGUUUACGUCAUACUGUUGGUGCAAAGUUUAAUCUGUGUUUUUUUUUUUUGUUUUUUUUUUGUCUUCACCGCUGCCUAAGAUUCAGUAAAACCAACUUAAGGAUGCCUGAACUGGUCUCUAUCGUACUAAACACAGACUGAUUGGAAUUUUUCUUAAUGCUACGAGUUCAAGGUAUUGUUUUCAAACUGCAAAAGUUUCACUUUGUUGUCACGUACACAGGCAGGAAAACACGUAUGAAAUUCCCAAUAGGACCACUGGUUUUCCAGCGGAAAAUCAGAUUGAGCACAUUAAAAAUAUGGCCAGUUUAUUUCAGGCUAAUGCUUCAACACGUUGCGGUUUCAUGCAUGUUAUCAGCCAAAAAAUGUGAAACGCGUUUCCCCUUUUUAUGCGCACUGAAAGUCAAUGGUUUUUUUUCUUCUGGGAUUCAAUGGUCUUUAAAAUGUCUGCAGCACCACGUUUUGUUUUGUGUACUAUGCUACAUGCCAUCUCACUUGGCCUCCAACAUGGCAGCCGGGUUUUUGUGGUUGUGAUGAUGUCAGUGAAAACUAUGUGUAGGAAUGAGCACGACGUUUCAGAGCCACAUUUACUGCGCUUGUCACACCAGCAGGUUUCUGCUCUUUUCAAGGUGUUUGUAGAACAUCAGAAUAAAGUCGGUCUUUCUGCUCCACCCUCACUGGUCCCUCCAGCUGAGUAAAUGUGGCCUGAGACGACAGCCGUGGCGGUUUAAUCACAUGGGACUAAAGGCUGUCUCCUGGCUCUACUCAGUCGUGAUUGAUCACUUGAGGACCGGGACCUGUUUAACGUCUCGCUCCGAGUGAGUUUGUAAAAA